UUUCCUUUCUCUCCCCUAAAAUCUACUAAACAGAUUUCUAAAAGUAAGCAGAAUGAACACCUCAUCAAGAUGCUACUUAGAGCUGGUGCAUGUGUCAAUGCUCAAGAUGAUUCAGGACGGACUGCCCUCCACUAUGCUUGUGAAAUGAAGAAUCAAUCCAUCAUUCCAUUAUUAGUUGAAGCAGGUGCUGACCUUUCCAUAAAGGACAAGGAUGGAGAGACUCCAUUGGACAUGGCAAGAAGAUUAAAGUUCCUCAACAUAGAACAUAUAUUAAAGAAGGAUUCCUAGAUCGCUGCAUCAGACAUUGUCAGAAAAGCUUCAACCCAUGGGGCCAAUUCAUUGUGAUAAGUGUAAUUCCUUUUACAAUUUCAAGUGACAUCAAGCAGCCAAUAAGCUUAUGCAAAAGAAAACCAUGGGUAUCAUGGGUGAUGAAUUCAAAAUGAUAGCGGUUAAUUUUGUAAGCAUCCAAAUAUUAUUUUUAUUUUCAUGAUCAUUUUCUUGCUAAAGUGCAAAGUUUGCAAGAGUAUAAGUCAGUGUUUUUUCAAACCUGCCAACUUUAAGAUGUGUGGACUUCAAUUCCCAGAAUUCCCCAGCUAGUUGAAAUCUGCACAGUGGUUAUGAAUUUGAAAAUCAUUGAGACAUAUUAUUAGGUCAUAUUAUUGAUUUCAUUGGUAUUACAUUGUGCUAUUUAUAUGUGUUGUAAUCCAAAACAGAUUUAGCAAUAAAGAUCUGUUGUAAAUUGA